AUGUCGAAGAGAAUAAUGAACGAAGUAUUCUGUACUGCUGAGGACUUAGGAAUGGACAUCUUUUAUAGCGAUACGGACAGUAUGCAUCUCUACAAUGAAGAUAUCCCUCGUUUAGCUGAAGAGUUUGAGAAACGUUAUGGAAGAGUUCUCAUUGGUAAAAACCUUGGUCAAUUUCAUUCUGACUUCGCAGAAAUAACACCUGGAAAACAAAGUUUAGCAUACAAGUCAAUAUUUUGUGGAAAGAAGACUUACAUAGACUUACUCACGAAUGAUUUAAAUGAAGUUGCAUUUCACUGCAGAAUGAAAGGCGUGAAGCAAGAUGUUAUUGCUUUAACCGCUAAUGAAAUGUUUCCUGACUCUGUUCAGUGUUUCUAUGAUGAAGAUAAAGGUUUAAUGGUUCCGCAAGGAAAAUUUGACAAAGACUCAGAGUUCAGUGUUAUGAAGUUAUAUAAAGCACUUUAUGACGGUCAAGAGAUUGCAUUCGACUUAUGUAAGUCUUCUAGUCCUUGCUUUGCUGAAAAGUUUAACUUCUCAAUAACGACUAAAACAAGCUUUAUUCGUAAGUUGAAGUUCUGA